CAAAAAAGAUUUCCAUAAUUGCAAAAGGUUAAGAAAAGAAAAACAAAGAAAUUAUCGCAAACCGAGGGACUGUAGUCUCUGGUCACAGACAAGGCGACUGUUUGUCUUUGGAUCCAUCAACUCUACGCAUCACCUUUUCUACCCAUUUUCCUUCGAUAUAUCUCUGUGUUUAAUAAAAUAAAUUAAGGAGAAUGUAGACCUAAUUUGCUUCCUUUCACUCUUUGUUUAGAGACCUAUCUUUGAUUUUUUUGGGGGAAUCCUUGAUCCGGUUUCGCGGAUGGCGGAAAUAGACCACUGUUGCUCCACUCAAUUGAUAGAUGGUGAAGGAGAGUUCAAUGUAGUUGGACUCGACAACUUCAUUCGGACCACUAAGCUCACUAACUGUGGCCUCUCUUAUGCCGUCUUAGCUAUCAUGGGCCCCCAAAGUAGCGGGAAGAGCACCCUGUUAAAUCAUCUUUUCCAGACAAAUUUUAGGGAGAUGGAUGCAUUCAGAGGAAGGAGUCAAACUACCAAGGGUAUUUGGAUUGCAAACUGUGUUGGCAUAGAUCCUUUCACGGUUGCUAUGGAUUUGGAAGGUACUGAUGGAAGAGAAAGAGGCGAGGAUGACACUACAUUUGAGAAACAAAGUGCCCUUUUUGCUUUGGCCAUUGCUGAUAUUGUGCUAAUAAACAUGUGGUGUCAUGAUAUUGGUCGGGAGCAGGCUGCCAACAAACCACUUCUGAAAACAGUUUUUCAGGUUAUGAUGCGGUUAUUCAGCCCCCGGAAAACAACACUGCUGUUUGUUGUACGUGAUAAAACAAAGACCCCUCUUGAAUAUUUGGAGCCUAUCCUGAGCGAAGAUAUUCAAAAGAUAUGGAAUGCAGUUAGUAAACCUGAGUCUCAUAAAGAUACUCCCCUCAGUGAAUUCUUUAAUGUGGAGGUCACUGCUUUAUCAAGCUUUGAAGAAAAAGAGGAUUUGUUCAAAGAGCAGGUUGCUCAACUAAGGCAGCGCUUUUUCAAUUCUAUUUCUCCGGGAGGACUUGCUGGUGAUAGACAGGGUGUUGUCCCUGCCGCCGGAUUCUCUUUUAGUGCACAACAGAUAUGGAGAGUUAUAAAAGAGAAUAAGGAUCUCGAUCUUCCUGCUCACAAGGUAAUGGUUGCCACAGUGCGUUGUGAAGAGAUUGCAAAUGAGAAACUCCAUCACUUAUCCUCUAAUGAGGAUUGGUUAGCAUUGGAAGAAGCUGUUCAAUGUGGACCAGUAUCUGGUUUUGGGAGAAGGCUGAGCUCUAUCCUAGAAACCUACUUUUCAGGAUAUGACAUAGAGACAUUCUACUUCGAUCAUGGUGUAAGAAAUGCAAAGCGGAAACAACUGGAAUCAAAAUCUUUAGAUUUUGUGCAUCCUGCAUAUCUUAACCUGCUUGGACAUUUUCGCUUCAAAGCACUUGAAGAUUUCAAGUCAAGAUUGGAACAGAUGCUGAAUAUAGGAGAAGGAUUUGCAGCUUCUAUUUGUACAAGUACUGAGUCUUGUAUGCUUGAAUUUGACCAAGGAUAUGCAGAUGCUGCCAUCAAACAGGCUAAUUGGGAUGCUUCUAAAGUAAAGGAAAAACUUUGCCGUGAUAUUAAUGCACAUGCAUUAUCUGUUCAAGAUGCAAAAUUGUCUGAAUUGGUGGUUAGCUAUGAGAAACAACUUGGUCAAUCACUAUCCGAACCAGUGGAGUCUCUAUUUGAUAAUGCCGGAAGAGACACCUGGGCUUCAAUAAGAAAGCUUCUUACACGUGAGACUGGGAUUGCCGUAUCAGAGUUUUCAGCUGCCAUUUCUAGUUUUGAGUUAGAUCAAUCGACAGUUGAGAAAAUGCUGCAAGAUUUGAAGGAUUAUGCGAGAAAUGUGGUGGAGAAGAAAGCAAGAGAAGAAGCUGGAAAAGUUCUGAUCCGCAUGAAGGAUAGGUUCUCAGCUGUCUUCAGUCAUGACAAUGAUUCAAUGCCAAGAGUUUGGACUGGAAAGGAAGACAUUAAGACAAUUACUAAGGGUGCUCGUACUGCGUCUCUGAGUUUGUUGUCUGUUAUGGUUGCCAUUCGAUUGGACGGGAAACCAGGUGAAAUUGAAAACAUACUGUUUUCAUCCCUUAUGGAAGGAACUGUGACUGCUGUAUCUUCAGUGGACAGAAGUAUUACUACUUCAGACCCUCUUGCCUCUAGUUCAUGGGAGGAAGUAAUGGUUUCUCCAAAAAGUAUCCUGAUCACGCCAGUUCAAUGCAAGUCAUUGUGGAGACAGUUUAAAGCAGAGACUGAGUAUACAGUUACUCAAGCUAUUUCAGCGCAGGAGGCUUACAAGCAAAGUAACAACUGGUUACCUCCCCCCUGGGCAAUUGUGGCAAUGGUUGUCCUUGGAUUUAAUGAAUUUAUGCUCCUUUUAAGGAAUCCUCUCUAUCUAAUGGGUCUAUUUGUUGUGUAUUUACUUUCAAAAGUGAUGUGGGUUCAGAUGGACAUCCCAGGGCAGUUUCAACAUGGCACUCUGGCUGGGCAAAUCUCUAUCUCGUCGAGGUUUCUUCCCACCAUCAUGAAUCUUCUAAGGCGACUUGCAGAAGAGGCUCAAGGGCAUCAAACUGAUGAGCCCCCCAGGCAACAAUGUUCACUCGUUUUUCAGAGUUAAAGUCAUCCGAAUCCAACCAACUAAUUCCAGAGUCAUCUGUAGCAUCCAACAUUUCAACAUCUGAUGUUGGUAUCGACACGCGGAAGUACAAAAAUUCCGGAAGCAGAACUUUCUUGAUAAAAAGGUAAUCUCAUGUAAAAUUUAUACCAAAAUAGGGUAAGCUACUCCCUCAUCCAAAAAUUUUUCUUUCAAAUGAAAAAAAAGGGAUGAGACAGAAAAGUAGUCCAGGAUGCAGGAUUUCACUCUGUUCUACAAAAGUUGACGGUUGUUUUUCUGUUUUACAUUUUCUCAAAGAUUUAAUCAGUCAUAUCUUUCCUUCUGAA